CUCCCUAUCCAAUCUCUCCCCUCCCUCUCCUUCCCUCUCCCUCCCCCCGCGGCGGUCGCGCUCGCGGCAAGACAGCCUCCCUCCCCUCGCCGCGGAGGCGCCGGAGAUGCAGGCCACGGCGGCGGCCUUCCUCGCCCGCCCGCAUCCGCGGCUCCUCCGCAUCGGACGAUGGGGCCCGGAUGGCAUCGCGUUGGUGCGCGGAGGCAUCGUCGCGCUGCCGCCGCGGCUGCGGGGCCCGCGGUGCUCCGUGAGCCUCGCCAUCGGCGGUGGCGCCGGCGCCAGCGAAGACCGCGGGUUCAGCUACGAGCAUGUUCCAGUGUUCCCAAGAUACCGAAUUCGAGAUCCCUACAAGCUUCUUGGCGUUGAUCGUGACGCAUCUGAAGAAGAGAUCCGAAGUGCAAGGAAUUUUCUAAUUCAACAAUAUGCUGGGCAUGAACCGAGUGAAGAAGCUAUUGAAGGCGCUUAUGAGAAGAUAAUUAUGAAGAGCUACCAGCAGCGGAAGAAGACAAAAAUCAAUCUGAAAACCAAGUUAAAGAAGCGAGUAGAGGAGUCCCCAUCAUGGGUCAAGGCACUGCUUGGUUACUUUGAGGUUCCAUCAAUGGAUAUUAUUUCCAGAAGAUUGUUCUUCUUUGCUUUCAUUGCUGGGUGGAGCAUAGCAACUUCUGCUGAGAAUGGACCUGCAUUCCAGCUCGCGAUAUCACUCUUCUCAUGCAUAUACUUCCUCAACGACAAGAUGAAGAACCUUCUCAGGGCAUCAACCACCGGGUUUGGAGUACUUGUUGGCGGCUGGAUUGUUGGUUCUCUAUUGGUCCCACUGAUCCCAACAUUCAUCAUCCCACCUUCAUGGUCCCUAGAGCUUCUCACCUCGCUGGUUGCUUACAUUUUCUUGUUCCUGGGAUGCACAUUCCUCAAAUAGAACUCUUUCAAUCUUGUAACCCGAAACUGUAGAAUUAUUUGAAAUUUUUUUUGUGAUGACUGACAUCCCUGUAUCCGAGUUCCAGAAAGUUUCUGCACGUGCUGGCGUCACUCGUGAGCACAAAAUCUCAUCUUUCCACCUGUUCGAAUAUUUUAGUCAGCUCAUGUACACUAUUGUUUUCUCUAUAGUGACAGUGCACGGAGGAAGAUGAUGUUCCGUCCAUCCAGCGGUCAAUUUUGUUCUUUGUUUAGUGAACUACUGGGAGAGCACAGAUCUGCUAGUUUGUAUGUGGUCGCAUUAUGCAAGCAUUGAAGUGAGGCCUGCCUAGUGCAGCAUUGUCUAACUGAUUAUGUUGAAUUGGUGUCACUCUAAAUUGUGUGCUUAUGUCAUUUACAA